GUCAGAGAAGAGCCUAAGUACUAUAAUUACUGAAGCUUAAGGAGAGAGAUGGGCGCCAUUGCCGUCUCUUCUGCAACCUUCGUUGCUUCCAUUGCCUUGUAUUGCAUGCUUGCAUUGCCAUUGCUCUCCUGCGCGAGCUUGACAAGGCAUUACAAGUUCGAUAUAAAGUUGAAGAAUGUGACUCGACUGUGCCACACCAGAAGCUUGAUCACUGUCAAUGGGAAGUUCCCAGGGCCUAAGAUUGUUGCAAGGGAAGGAGAUCGAGUGAUCGUGAAGGUGGUUAAUCAUGUCUCUAGCAAUGUCACCAUCCACUGGCAUGGGAUUAGGCAGCUACAAAGUGGAUGGUUUGAUGGGCCGGCAUACAUAACACAAUGCCCAAUUCAAACGGGCCAAAGUUUCGUUUACAACUUCACAAUAGUGGGCCAACGUGGAACUCUCUUUUGGCAUGCCCACAUUUCAUGGCUAAGGGUCACUUUAUAUGGGCCGCUCGUUAUCCUGCCCAAGAUUGGAGUGCCCUAUCCCUUCGCAAAACCCUACAAGGAAGUGCCCAUUACUUUCGGGGAAUGGUUCAAUGCCGACCCGGAAACUGUGAUAGCCCAGGCCCUGCAGUCUGGUGGAGGCCCAAAUGUCUCUGAUGCAUACACCAUCAAUGGCUUCCCCGGCCCACUUUACAAUUGUUCAGCAAAUGAUACGUUCAAGCUGAAGGUAAAGGCCGGCAAAACCUACCUCCUCCGACUCAUCAACGCCGCUCUCAAUGACGAGCUCUUCUUCAGCAUCGCCAAUCACUCCCUCACCGUCGUCGAAGUUGACGCCAUCUAUGUCAAACCCUUCACCACCAAAACUCUCCUCAUCACCCCCGGCCAAACCACCAAUGUCCUUCUCCACACUCUCUCUUCCACACCCUCGCCUUCCUCCCUCUUCCUCAUCGCCGCUCGCCCUUACGCCACUGGCCUCGGAACCUUCGACAACACCACCACCUCGGCCCUUCUCCAAUACCAGCCCAACAACCUCUCGACACCACAACCUCCAACCAACCGUACUUCUACUCUAUUAUUCAAACCCGUUCUUCCUUCUCUCAACGACACCGCCUUCGCAUCCAAUUUCACCUCCCGCCUCCGUAGCCUCGCCUCCCCUCAAUUCCCCGCUGUAGUCCCUCGCUCCGUCGAUAAAAAAUUCUUCUUUACCGUCGGCCUCGGCACCAACCCGUGCCCGAAGAACCAAACCUGCCAAGGCCCCAACGGCACCAAAUUCGCCGCUUCCGUCAACAACGUGUCCUUCUCGUUACCCGCGUCAACGUCGUUGCUCCAAGCUCACUUCUUUGGGAAGUCUAAAGGGGUUUAUACGACGGAUUUUCCCGCGAAUCCUCUGUUUCCCUUUAAUUAUACGGGAACCCCGCCGAAUAACACCUUUGUAAGUAACGGCACAAAAGUGGUUGUUUUGCCAUUUAAUGCGAGCGUGGAGCUGGUGCUGCAGGAUACCAGCAUACAGGGGAUAGAGAGCCACCCGUUGCAUUUACAUGGGUUUAAUUUCUUCGUUGUGGGAACAGGAUUUGGGAACUACAAUCCUUCCAAAGAUCCGGCUAAGUUUAAUUUGGCUGAUCCCGUUGAGAGGAACACAAUAGGCGUGCCGGCUGGAGGAUGGGUUGCUAUUAGAUUCUUUGCUGAUAAUCCUGGUGUAUGGUUCAUGCAUUGCCACCUGGAAGUGCACACGAGCUGGGGGUUGCGGAUGGCGUGGGUGGUGCAGGAUGGGCUACUGCCGAGCCAGAAGUUGCUUCCUCCACCGUCAGAUCUUCCCAAGUGCUGACCAUUGACUUUUUCGUUGACCAAAGGGAUAUCGGAGUCUUAAAUUCCACGUGGAUGCUUCCCUGUCAUACAGUUGAUUUUUGUAUUUUGUAUUUUUAUUUUUUUGUUUUUGAUUCAUUGCUUGUAUUUUGACUCUUCGGAAGUGUGUUGAUGAAGUGUGUGAAGAAAUGUAAGUUAUACAUUCGAAUUUUUAUUGGGUCAGAUAACCUGAUGUAGAGAUAUAUCAGGUACCCAAUAAAAAAAUGUCACUGUUUUUUGUUUUAAG